AUGUCCAAUCUUACAGACCUCCCCCCAGAAAUAUUCAAUAUCAUUCUGUCCCACUCCCUAGGCGAUGACGAGGAUAUCCCGCGCCUCUGCGAGCUUUCCCUCCUCAGCCGCAAAUGGUACUCCGCAUUGAUCGACCGAAUCUAUUCAGAAUGGUCCUUCAACGGCGCAAAACAACCGUUCUUGACGCUUUGGAAAUUUCUAAGGACUAUUCUCCAUGAUCCUCAUUUAGCCUCACAGGUGCGGACGUUAAGGAUUGGCAACUGGGGUUUCUUUCCAGACGCCUCUGUACAUGGGCCCGACCUUCAGCUUCCUCCAGGUGAACUUGAUUUAGUUCGUCGCGCUAUCCACGAUGCGGGAAUCUCCCAUCCUGAAAAGCGUAUCAUGGCAGGCCUACGUAAGCGGGAUCGCAGACCUCUUAUGGCUAUUCUUUUGACGCGUUUGUCGAAUUUGGAGGUUCUCUUUGCCCAUGUACCCCGGUCAGAUCCGUUCCUGGCAUCUGUUCUCAGACAAGCGGUUGAGAGUCAGGAGAAUGAGGCGCAUCCGCAGCCGGCUCUUCACAAGCUCUCUAAGCUUCAUAUUUGUCAGGAGUCCCCUGUCGACACUCCCAAGCAGCCAGAAGAUUCUGAACCAGACUCGGAUGAUGAAGAGUCCGUAAGUAGGGAAGCCUUGCGGCUAGAGUAUCUAUGGCCUGUCUUUCGUCUUCGAAGUCUCCAGGAACUCUCAAUGGUUGGUCUGGAUACCGACAAAGCAGCAGUCUGGCUAGAAACCGUUGAGACAUCCCACAUCGAAUCCCUAUACUUGAUCAGUAACUGGAGAUCAAUUUGCACAUAUCCUGACCUCCAAGCACUCAUUGAUCAACCAAAUUCUCUGAAAAACUUCACGCUCACUUUGAAUGAUAACCCUUUCGACGCAAGGCGCAACAUAGUCAUUUCCAACGUCGAAAUCUGGAAUUGCCUACAAAAACAUCAGCAAAGUCUCAAGACAAUCGACAUUUGCCGCUCUAAACAAACGCAUCGCGAUGAGAAUGGCAACUUCGGCCUUCUCCGCACAUUUCCAAACUUGAGGCACGUACGUAUUCAGUCGGAGAUGCUACUAGGAGGAUGCUGCGGCUCGCCUCCUGCACCUUUCCGGUUGAAAGACACUCUCCCCCGCACACUCGAAACGCUCACACUCUACGGUGAGGAAGGAUUCGGUGUAAUCCCUGAUAUACCCCUCCAGUUGAUGGAACUGAUCAGCGGAGAGGAUGACUUUCCGUAUCUGACUGCCAUCGUGCUGGAUGAUAUUGCGGAGCUCUACGAAGACUUUUCACAGGAGCUCAGGCCCCAGUAUCAGAUCCUCGAUCGUCUAUGUAAAGACAGGGGAGUGGAUUUCUGGAUUAAGGAAGCCAUUGCCUCGAUUGGGGGGGUGUUAAGCUAUCAGGCAAUAUGGGAAAAGGCAUUAGACAUGCAACUUGAUGGGGAAGCGCGAAAUAUGGCGGUUUCUUACAACCCAAAGAAACUUCGAGACCGCCAGGAGCUUAUCCUUCGCUCCGAUCACACUACGAUCGAAGCUGAUGAAGAUUCUGAAGAUGAGGAGGAAGCUCAUGCACACACCGGCACAAACGAAAACCGUCAAUCGAAACCAAUUCCUUUCAUCGACCACACAGAUAAAACCGCAUAUAUGGUCUUUGGUUACGGGAUCCUUCCUCCACUAUUUUCCUUCGCCAUCUACUUCACGCAUCCCGACGCCACACCAGAAAGCACAGACAUGAAGGCACUUGAGCACCAAAUCACACCGGAAAACUACACCAUUCGGUAUGACGUAUACUUCCUCCCAGGAGCCAGUGCAGAAGACUGUAUUGCCCAUUACCACGACGAGAAAGAAGCCCGAGGAAGCUACAAAGACCAAAUCAAGGCCUUCCGAGCCACCCCCGGGGACGAAAUCCACCCUCUCCCAGGAACAGCGGGACAAAUACCGGGUAUGGUAAACAGAUAUCCGAUGCUGGGUGCAUAUAGAUCACUCCUGUUUAUCUCCCCGGAUGAGAGUUGGCGAAAUGGUCUUCUUUGCGUGAUGUUUGACCGGAAGAACAUCGCUGAAAACGAGGCGAGGUACCGAUUGGCAAAUAACCCGCCACCACCGGUUCUGACUACGCGCUAUCCACUUAAUCAGACAGACCCUACGUAUAGCCCUGGAGAGAAUACAAUCUGGGAGACGGUAUUCGACCUUGCGCAUCGGGAGCAGGACAAAUAUCUUGGGCCUUGGCAAAGAGCUGGAAAUCGUGGCUGGACGACUUGGUAA